GGACAGGUUCCAAAAUUGAAAGGCAUCAGUUUCACUGAAAUCAGAAAGAAGACAAUCAUCAUGAAAGUAUUCGCUGUUUUGGCUUUCGCCCUCCUCUGCGUCGCUGCUCCUGCCUGGGGUAAGACCUUCACCAAGUGCAGUCUUGCCAAGACCCUCUACGCUCAUGGCAUCCCAAAGUCUGAACUCCCCGAUUGGGUCUGUCUUGUCCAACACGAAUCUGGAUUCAGGACCGACGCUGUAGGAGCCCUCAACUCAAACGGAACCCGUGACUAUGGUCUCUUCCAAAUCAACAACCAAUACUGGUGCCAAGGAAACGUGAAAUCUUACAACGAAUGCCACAUCGCUUGUACUUCUCUUCUUUCUGAUGACAUCACCAACGCCCUCAACUGCGCCAAGAAGAUCAAGGCUCAACAAGGAUUCAAGGCCUGGUACGGAUGGUUGAACUAUUGCCAAAAAUCCAAACCAAGUGUCAGCGAGUGCUUCUAAAUUUUUGGUUGAUAUGGUUGAUGUGUUCAUACAAUAAAAUGUUUAAAUUGUAGAAAA